ACAACAACACAAACAAAUCAACACUCAAAACAACCACUCUCGCGAUAAUCGCAAACCACGCAAUAAUCACAAAACACAUUAUAAACCUUAAUACCACAUCAACAACAACAUCCAAAAUGUCUCAGUCUCGCAUUCUCCCCAUUCUCGGCGCCGGCGUUGUCGGUCUCGGCGGCUACUACAUCUAUAAGUCCGGAGGCAGCCCUUCGGCCGCUGAGAAGAAGUUUGAGGCCGACCUCCACCGCGGCGCUGCCAAGAUCAAGUCUGAGUUGCCCAACUCUUCGCAAACCAACGCCCGCCAGGAGGGCGCCCACUACGGCAAGGAGAUCGGUGGCAAGAUUGACGAGGCUGUCUCCCAAGCAGACAAGACCUACUCUUCAACCAAGUCGCAAGCCGAAGCCCUCGCCAAGGACACCAAGGCCGAAGCGCUCAAGAAGAUUGACCAGUUCGACCGCACCGUGGAGCAGAAGGCUGCCGAGGCCAAAGCUGAGGUUUCCAGCUGGUUUGGUAGCGGCAACUCCAAGUAAAUUGUUGGCGAUCCUCAAAUAAACAUCGAAAGCAACAACGACAUCAAGUGCGCGAAAGGGAAGGAAAGCAUGUCAGGCGUUUGUCUAUGAUAAUGAUGAAAGGGUUAAUGAU